AUGCCUAGCCAGGUCACAUCGCCUAUAUCCGCGGUACCGAUCCUGCAGAGUCCCGUUUCUGCGAGACCGCUGUCCAAUAGAAGCCCCUCCAUCGACGACGUUCACGAACAUCGUCAGAGUAACAGUAACCUAGAAAAUGCCAUACUCGACUCCCUGCACAACUCGACCACCGAGUCCAUCCUGUCGUGGUCACAUCUCGAUGCAUUCCCAACCAUACGACAAAACUACACAUCCAUAUUCCAGCUAGAACAGUCGAGGACACCACUGGCCACUCGCUCAAACACCAUGUAUCCGUACAUCUCACCCGUCGACCUUGACGCCAUUCUCGACACGUUCCAACGGACAGUGAACUUUUGGUACCCGGUCCUUUCCCUGUCCCAGCUGGACAGCACUAGGAACCUGGUCGUCCAAAAUCUCCUCGAGAGCACAGAUCUCGUGACUAGUUGUUGUGCACAGCUCGUUAUGGCUCUCGGCUGCGCCGGCGAGGUGGUCACUGGCUUGGUGCACAGCGAAGACACGGCGCCAAGCCGCGACGAGGUCGACUUUCGACGAGCUCGCAAAGCCAUGGGCGACCUGUACUUUGAUGGCGCUCUGCGAGCGAUGCACAUGGUUCAUUCGGAAAUGAGUUGCAUGGCGGUCCAGUCUUUAUUCUUUGCCGCAUUGUAUUUUGCGUAUCUGCGACGACCUCUUCAGGCUUGGACAUAUAUACACAAUACAGCUUCCAAGUGUCUCCUCCUAUUGUCGUAUCCGCCCGUCAAUGAACCGAUAGAGAACCAGGAGUGUCUAAAGAGAAUAUUCUGGGCAUGCUACAUUCUAGAAAGCGACUAUCUUGCCGAGCUUUCGGCACUUCCACAGAGCGGUAUCGCCCAAAUCGAGUCAUCCGUCUCUCUCCCUGGCAGCUACAUUACACACGUGGACCCAGCUCAGACCGAGCACGCCUCUCUGUAUUUCCUGGCCUGUAUCUCGAUGCGGCGGCUCCUGAACCGUGUACAUCACCUCCUAUACGCCCGGGACACGGGCGCAGCAACGGACAUAUCGCGGUUCCCCGCCAUUGUGACGGAACUAGACCACCAGCUCGAAGAGUGGCGCGACGUCCUGCCGCACGCCUUUCGCUUCGAUAUUCCGCAAAACAUCCUUGACCACAAUGAUAAUAACAAUGGAGUCCCGCUGUCUGAAUGUGGCGGGUUCCUGCGGCAGCGCUACCUGACCUGCAAGAGCGUCAUUUACCGCCCCUACCUCGCCUGGCUGCUCGCCUCCUCCCCGGGUGGCAUGCAUCGCGAUGCCCGCGGGAUCCGCAAGGAGGACAUUGUCGCUCGGGCACAGGUCUGUCUCGAUGCGUGUACGUCGCAUAUUCUGGCCCUGACGGGCUUUGCACAUACUGUCCUGGUAGAUACCUGGAUCUGUGCUUUAUCAAUGGCCACAGCCAUGAUGAUUCUCUUGGCUACGCGCAGAUCCGCUCGGAAAAUUGCCAAUCGACAUGACAUGAUGGAGACGGGACCGCAUUUGAGAAAAGUCUUUAGAAGGUGGCAGGACAACCUCGGUACACCAGAGUCACCGAGCGUGGAACAGGCGUUGCGAAUCAUUUACGAGACAGAGAGAUUGAUGUCGGGGCUAACAGGCGGCAAGAUUACGGAAGAGGAAGUGGAUGUAGCCAACUCAAUGUGUGCCAUGAGGAGCUAA